AAUAAAUAAAAAUAGUGGGAAAGAAGUAUAUACGUACACCGUAACGCUUUCUCAUUCUCAGAUACCGAGGAAAAUCGAGGGACGUUUGUUGGACGAAAGAAACAGUGUACGUAGACACGUAUGUACGUAGCAUGCCUGGCGAGUACGUGUGUGGCAAGGUUAAUCGGUUAAAGUAAUUAGCCGGAUGCGAACGUUGGGUUCGUGAAGGAAUUUAGGGGCGGCCAUUGUUGACGGUCGUCGUGUCGUUUCAGCAAGGAUCGAACGAUCAGAAGCCGAUCGGUGUUCGCCGAAGCAACGCGGAGUUCAGUGACCAACGCGUUAAGCAGUCGAAUCGGUUAACCGACUUAACCAGUUGGCUGCUGAUCGUGUAAAGAGGCUGUAAUCCUUUAAUCAUUUAACCGCGUGACAUUAGCAGCAGCGACGAUCAAGUGGAGGGGGUGGAUUUAAAAUAGCAUUAGAUAGGCAGUGCCGUCAGUCGGGCUCGAAGAACGAGUAGUCGUCGUCCAACCGUGUCAGCGAUUGAGCGAAUUGAAACGACAGUACGUGGCACGUGACAUAUCAUACAGAAUUACGGGUUUCCCCUUUUCCCGGCGUUAACCGGCCACCGGACAUGGCAAUGUUUCUUCGUUUCCUCGGGAUCUUGCCGCACGACGAUAACAAAGUCGAUUCGGCCACCGGGCUGACGGAGAGACAGAAGAAGCUAGUGCAGAACACGUGGGCUGUUGUGAGAAAGGACGAGGUGGGCUCUGGCAUUGCCGUGAUGACCGCAUUCUUUAAGAAAUACCCGCACUACCAGCAACACUUUAACGCUUUUAAGGACAUCCCAUUGAACGAACUACCGGCUAAUAAACGGUUUCAAGCUCAUUGUGCCAGCAUAAUUUCGGCCUUAAAUUCCGUUAUCGAUUCCUUGCACGACUCAGGAUUAAUGGAGGCGAACCUAGUCGUCUUGGCCGAGAGGCAUAAAAAACGCGGCCAAACGAAGCUAGAAUUUGAGAAUUUGAAGGAAGUAAUGCUGGAUGUUCUUCGCCAAGCACUAGGGAGACAAUACACACCGGAAGUGGCUGAGGCGUGGAGGAAAACUUUGGAUUCUGCUUUCACGAAAAUAUACCAGGUUCUUGCUUCCUGA